UUUGUUUGGUGGUUCCGUAUCUUCCGCAGAUGUUCCUGACCCGCUCCGAGUAUGACCGUGGCGUAAACACUUUCUCGCCCGAAGGACGUCUGUUUCAGGUUGAAUAUGCCAUUGAGGCGAUCAAAUUUGGAUCCACUGCGAUUGGAAUUAGCACACCGGAGGGUGUUGUGAUGGCGGUGGAGAAACGUAUUACCUCAUCGCUGAUAGAACCGUCGAAGAUGGAAAAGAUCGUAGAAGUUGACCGUCAUAUAGGAUGUGCCACCUCGGGCUUGAUGGCCGAUUCGCGAACGCUGCUGGAUCGUGCGCGUAUCGAGUGCCAAAAUCAUUGGUUCGUGUACAACGAGCGAAUGUCGGUAGAAUCGUGUGCACAGGCGGUAUCGAAUGUGGCUAUCCAGUUUGGCGAUGGUGACGAUACGGAUUCGGCCAUGAGUCGACCGUUUGGUGUAGCUAUACUCUUUGCCGGGAUUGAGAAUGGUGAACCGCAGCUUUGGCAUAUGGAUCCGUCCGGGACGUACAUUCGGUUCGAUGCAAAGGCCAUUGGUUCCGGUAGUGAAGGAGCGCAACAGAAUUUGCAGGAGUACUAUCUGCCUACAAUGACCAUAAAGGAAGCGAUCAAUUUAGCCCUUAGCACGCUGAAGCAAGUAAUGGAAGAGAAGCUUAACUCAACUAACGUUGAAGUCAUGACGAUGACACCGAAGGAUUUGUUCCGGAUGUUUACCAAGGAGGAAGUUGAGGAGUACAUCAACAACAUGAGCUAAACG